AUCUGCGGGUUGGACUCGCACAGCUUCACGAAAGACUUCAGCUCCACCAGCUUCCUGGGAUCCAUGCUCGCUCAGGCCAGCACACACAGCGCUGAGAGGAGGAGAAACACGAGAGGAGUAAACCAGUGAAUGAAUCAGUGAAGUAAAUCACGGGCCGUGAUGCUGCUGCUGCCCGUGUGAGCAGCGAUGUUCCCCGCCGGCUGCUCGCUGUCUGCCCGGCUGCUGCUGCUGGCUCCCCGCAGCCCCGCAGGAUGCAUCUGGUGCUCGUGCAGAAGCAUUUCUGUGAAACCGGGAGGUUUGAAACCAAAGACGGUCCCAGCCCGGUACCUCGGCCAGCCCAGCCCUUUCUCCCACCCGCACCUCCUCAAACAUGGUGAGGUGACCCCAGGGUUGAGCCAGACAGAAUUCGAGCUCCGCAGGCUCAAGCUGGCCGCGCUGAUCCAGGCCCAGGCAGAAAAGAUGGGACCUUCUGCUUCCUCCGGCACCCACGUGGUCAUCGUCCUGUCCCAUCCCACGCGCUACAUGACCAAUGACAUCCCUUACCCCUUCCACCAGAACCAGGACUUCCUCUACCUCAGCGGCUUCCUGGAACCCGACAGUGCUCUGGUGCUUCACGGGAGGGGCCAGCCGGACCAGGCCAUGCUGUUCGUCCCCCGCAGAGAUCCGGGGAGGGAACUGUGGGACGGCGCCCGGGCGGGGAAGGACGGGGCGGCUGCUCUGACCGGCAUAGAGCGAGUUCACAGCACAGAGGAACUGGGUCUCGUACUGAAGAGCCUUAAAGGCACUCAGUUCUGGUACGACAGCUCCCACCCCGCCCACCCUCGGCUCCACCAGACCCACGUGCUCCCGGUGCUGGAAGAGGGGCCGACCCCGCGCUCGCUCAGGUCCCUCGUCCACUCCCUCAGGGCCCUCAAGAGCCCCGCCGAGGUGGCCCUCAUGCAAGAAGCAGGUCGGAUCUCUGCACAGGCUUUCAGGAGGACGAUGUCUCUGUCUCGGGGAGAGGUGGAUGAAGCUGUGCUAUUUGCCAAGUUUGAUUUUGAGAAUCGGAUCCACGGCGCCAACUUCCUGGCCUAUCCGCCGGUGGUCGCUGGAGGGAAUCGAGCGAACACGCUGCACUACAUAAAUAACAACCAGAUUAUCAAGGAUGGAGAGAUGGUCCUGCUUGAUGGAGGCUGUGAGUACUUUGGUUAUGUCAGCGACAUCACUCGGACGUGGCCUGUGAACGGAAGGUUCAGUCCGGCCCAGGCCGAGCUGUACGAGGCCGUGCUGGAGGUGCAGCGCUCCUGCCUGUCUCUGUGUUCCCCCGGCGUCAGUCUGGACCACAUCUACAGCACCAUGCUGGCUCUGCUGGGACGGCAGCUCAAGCGGCUCGGCAUCCUCAAGUCCAACACCAGCGACGCCGACGUGCUGAAGGCUGCGAGGCGGUACUGCCCCCAUCACGUUGGUCAUUACCUGGGCAUGGACGUCCACGACACCCCCGAAUUAUCCCGCUCUCAACCUCUACAGCCGGGGAUGGCCAUCACCAUAGAGCCAGGUUUGUACGUCUGUGAAGACAACGACCAGGCGCCGGAGCGUUUCCGUGGCUUUGGCAUCAGGAUUGAGGAUGACGUGGUGAUCCGGGACAAGGGAGGACCUCUGAUUCUGUCCUCCGACGCGCCUAAGACCCUCGCCGACGUGGAGGAGGCCUGUGCUGCCAGAUAAGGAUCGGAGGCCGGUGGAUCCAGAUCAACGUUUCCAUCUCCAUGGCGAUGAUCGUCAUCAAGCUCAGGGUGUUAGAACAUGAAAGAUUUGAGCGCACUGUAAAACCGAGCAUACGCUCAGAAGGACGCCGUAAACAACCGUACGCUGUAACUGGGGGGUUGUUAUCACAUCAAGGUUACGGAAACGGGCUGAAGCAUCCUGAUCAUGUGGGUCCAUGGUGCUGUCGGUGUUCAACCCAAUCCUGAACUUUAAAUCAAAACUACAAAAAAAAACCAACUUUAAUUUAAUGACUGUGAAAGCAUUUUACUUCCACUUUUUUCUUCUCAUCUCAUGUUUAAGUGCCCCCACCAUGACACGCUGGGUGUUUACACUGCAAAAACUCAAAAUCUUACCAGGAAUAUUUGUCUUAUUUCUAGUUAAAAUGUCUCAUUUUUAGUCAAAAAAAAUCUCAUUACACUUAAAACAAGAGUCAUCACCAGAAAAAUAACUUGUUUUUACAAUUUUCACCUGUUUUAAAUACAUUUUCGCUUGAAAUAAGUAGAAAAAUCUGCCAGUGGGACAAGAUUUAUUUUUUCAUAACAAGCAAAAAAAUCUUGUUCCACUGGCAGAUUUUUCAACUUAUUAUAAGUGAAAAUUUACUUGAAACAGGUGAAAAUUGUUGUUUUUUCCAGUGAUGAGUCUUGUUGUGUGUAAUGACAAGUGUAAUGAGAUUUUUUUGACUAAAAAUGAGAAAUUUUAACUAGAAAUAAGACAAAUAUUCUUGUUAAUAUUUUGAGUUUUUGCAGUGUAUAAUCUAAGGAUGAUUUCAGACCUGUGGCCCGUUUGUUUUGUUCUGAUUCAGGGGCUAAAUCGAUACAGUUGUUUCGUUAUUUGUUUGUGGUGUUUGUGUUCACAAGGCAACCGUUUGUGGCGUUUCAAAGCUGUUAACAAAUGCCAUGCGGGAACCAACUGUUCUCUCAUUGGUCAUAAAUGAACGCUUCUGUACCCCGGAAAAAAAAAACAACCAACAACUAUGGAGCAUCGUAAGCGAGUGUGGCUAGUUUGUUUGUCGGUUGCUGUGUGGUUUAUGUUCUGACUGCAAACAAACCGCUCCAGGUCUGGAAUGGAAGCGAACCGAGAACCUAAUCCUAACCUCUCCUAGGAGAUCUCGGCUCGCUUGUUUUGUGCCGCAUCCGAGCGCGAUUGCUGUGUUCACAUAUACCAAACGAACUGAUCUUUAGGGGGAAACGCUCCCUGUUUUGGAACAACUGCUCCAAACGGGACAGGUGUGAAAGCUCCCUAACUUAUAAAAAACGUUCACUUCUAUCAGCUCACACCAAACACAGAACAUCAACUCACUGCCGGAGCGGGAAGGACGAACCUGUCGGAGCUCCUGUGAGCAUAAAGAGGCCAGAGCGGCUGCUCGGGGUCAGCCUGGACUCAUUUCUAUAUCUAAAGUGUGAACACGUGUUCGGUGAUGGCAGUUUCACUGCUCUGGAAAUGUGAUCUCUUUUAAAGACGUAUGUUUAUAUGUAUUAAAAGUAUUCUGGUAAUAAACUCA